CUGAGCGUGCGUCAGGGUUCAGUGAUCAGUUCCUUCUCCCUAAGUUCACUUCUCGAGUUUCAGCAUCCAAGCAACAGACAUUUCCUGUUUUUACGCUUACAGGAUUUACAAAUCUUCCCAGACGAAGAGUCUGAGGGAUAAUAUCUGGAAUAUUGUGCGUCUAUAAUGAUGGAUUCACGGAUUUGUCUCGCUGCUGUGCUGCUUCUCUUCGGUUUAGCGACAGUUUUCGCUAAGUCUUCACCUGACCAAGCGUGUGAGCAGAAGAAUGGGACAAACUGCGAGGAAUGUCUGAAAAAUGUGUCGUGUCUGUGGUGUAUCACAUCCAAGUUGUGUGUAACGUAUCCAGUGAAGACCAUCCUUCCACCACAUGCACUCUGUCCUCUGAAAGAAGCACGCUGGGGGCUCUGCUGGAUGAACUUCCAGACGUUGAUAAUCACCUUGUCAGUGUUGGGUGCAAUUCUCAUCAUCGCCUUCCUGAUCUGCCUGUUCUGCUGCUGCAAGUGUGAGAACUUUGGAUCCAAAAGGACGGAAGCCAAGUUGCAGAAACAGGCCAACAAGACGAGGACAAAGCAGGAAGAAAGGAAAGCUGAAAUGAACGAGAGACAUAACGAUAUCAGGAAGAAAUAUGGACUAAGUGGGCAAAAUCCAUACUCCAAAUUCGCAUGAGGAUCUUUCUCUUUUCCUCUGAACUCUGACCUCUCGCAGAGCAGACAUCAACAACAUGUUUUGUAGAUGUGAGAAUUAAUGUAAUAUAGCUAAGACAGGUGACAGUAGUUUUGUUUAGCAUGUAUUGUUCUUUCCAGCCAAUGAAUAGGUUUGUUGUGCUCAAUGUGAUUUCCUAAGAGGUUGUAAACCAAAAGCUAGAAUAGACGUCUGUGGCAGCAGUGCUUUUCAAGACUAUAAUAGUCUAUUGUGUGGCUCCGAUAGCAUCAGCCUUAUACUAUUUAUUAGGUAAAGUCCUUAGUUUAAAUGUACAGAAUGGAGAGAAUCCAGCUUGGUUGCUAUAAUAUCUUUGUAUCUGCACAUUUUCAGAUUGAUCUGUUUUGCCCCUCUGAGUUGCUGCUGAUUUUGAGAAUAACUUAAAGUAUACGCUCUUUUUGUACUGUCUAAUUACUUAUCUUAUCUCAAAUUGAGUCAUUCUUAUCCGGGGAUGUAGGAGGCAAUUUUGUAUUGUGUUACUGCUCCAUGUUUCACUGUACCCUUGCUCCUAGUAAUUAUUAAUUAAAAUUGAAUGUGUUGAUCCUGAUGAUUGAUAAAAGUCUGCCUAAUUCUACAUUGCAUGUAUAUCCUGUAUAGACACACAAGCCAAAUAAAAAAGACUCUGGACUUAUAUUUUAA